AUGCCGAGACCACGCGCACCAAAGGCUUGUCUGCGUUGCCGUGCGAGAAAAGUGCGUUGCGAUGUUUCAAUCUCGGGUAUUCCGUGUCGGAACUGCGACCUCGACCAUACAACGUGCGCAGUCGCCGAGAGGAUGUCGAAGCGCCCGACCACCACGAUUCUACCGCAAGAAAUUGCCGAUAAAGACGUCUCCCAGGCACCGUCAGAACUCGUUUGGCAUUCACAACCAGACAUGGGAGUUAACAGUAGCCCGCGUCAGACCACGAGCCGCCGAGCGAGCAACGUCAAGGAUGCUCAAAACAGUCCUGGGCAUCUCGUCCUGGACAUGUCGUCCUCUACACACAAGUCACAACCACCGGCGGAAAAAACAUACGGCCUGGAUACUUUGCCAAUAAUGCCCUUUCCACAAUACAAUGGAGCCGUUAAAUCCUCCACAGCGCGUGCCAGUCAGCCCACGCGCCUGGAUUGUCUUCAGGCUUCCGACUACCCAUUUAUACGCCUCCCCGACUUGUCGAAAAUGCCAUCCGAGGAUAUUGACUGCCUGAGCCUCCAAGGAUGUCUGCAGUUGCCCCCGAGGCUAAUUCUAGAUGAAUUUGUCCGGCAGUAUUUCCUCCAUGUCCAUCCUAUUAUGCCUCUUCUCGACGAGGGCCACUUUUGGGAUAUAUACUGUGACAGGCUUGGUGACGGGCCAGAUAUCGAGAGGGUCCCCAUGGUGUUGUUUCAAGCCAUGUUAUUUGUCUCUUGCAGCUUUGUUCCUCGGAAUAUCACAGACGCAUUGGGAUUCGACUGCCCCCGAUUGGCAGCUGCUUCACUGUACAAGAGAGCUAAGCUUCUAUUCGACCUAAACACCGAAUCAUCAUCCAUCGCACUAGCCCAAUCAGCUCUUCUUCUUACAUACUGGCCAACAUCCAUUGGAAUAGGGCCGUCAAAGCCUAAUACAAUUUGGCUCAGCACGGCGAUCCACUAUGCAAAGUCUGUACAUGCUCAUCGCAGGCUCGAUCGACCGCGUGUGCCCCCAACAUCAAUAUCCCAGGAAAAGCGCACAAGAACAUUGAGACGUCUGUGGUGGUGCUGCAUCAUCCGUGACCGCGUUCUCUCCCUAGGUCUCCGACGAAGCAUUCAAAUUCCAAAGAAAUACCCGCCUUUGGAGAGUGAAGAUUUUGAAGAGGAGAUUAAUUGUUCAUUGGUACAUGAACCCAGCACGAAACGGCAUCUUGUUUGUAUACUUCAACGUGUCAUGGAAUUGUGUGUCGUGUUGACCGACCUCCUACCGCUAUUAUCUUUGUCGGAUGAAUCUCUGGAGGAGCAACGGAUUUGCCAUACAGAUAGCCAAUCCCAGUUGAAUGAGUGUCAACAGUCACUCUCGGAUUGGUACAGUGCAACGCGACGACAAUUCCCCGUACCGAGGAAGGAAAAUCAGUUCCGACAUCAGUCCGUUAUCGUGCACACGAACAUGAUGUAUAUCUACUACCACGCAGCAAGAUUGGGACUCCACCAUCAAGAGGUACUCGUCAGUACUUGUCUAUCUCCAACAGGGGCUAUGGAUCCCGCUACAAUAAGCAAGAAGCGUCGAGAGGUCCGGAAGGCGACGAUGAGAAUAACAGACCGGCUCAAGGAAUCCAUGCAGCUUGGACUCGUUCGUUAUUUUCCCAUUAGCGUUCUUGCUCUAAUUGCCAUGCCUCUCCUGCUGCUCAUUCUCGAUGUCAAGAUGCAGGCUCCUCGACACAACUGUGAAAAAGCAUCGAUGAGGCAAGAUUGCCUUCGUACGCUCGUGCAGGCAAUGAACGAGUACCAUUUACAGUAUCAUGGUGUAGACCUGAUAAGCCACACCAUCCACCAUGUCGUGGAUCUUGCGCAACUUGACCCGGCCCUGCAAGCGACCGGGGAAGAGAUGGGUUGGGGAGAUGUCAUCACCCAUCGACCAAUCCAGUAUCUGCGGCUCACACUGAUCAUGGAUUUGAGUCUUACUCAUGCAAAGUUGCCUGAGAAUUAUGAAUUCCCAAGUAAUCUUCAACGCCUGCUU